AUGGAUGACACUACUGGCCCACGCGGGAAAGGGCGGAGUGCCUGCGAUCUAUGUCGACAUCGGAAGGUAUGGCCACGCACGCACUUUGCAUGCACAAUCAACCCCCUAACGAUGAUACUUGCCCAGAUCAAAUGUGAUAGGAGUGAACCAGCAUGUGAGAACUGUCAUCUUGCAGGGCUUCCAUGUACAUUCUCUCCACCGGCAACUCAGCUGCGGAAGAGCACUCGGCAAGAGCUUGCCGACACCAAAGCGCGUGUCCGGGAAUUGGAGGCGAAACUUGUUGCAUUUAGAGAACACACUAAACAUAGCCACAGUGGGCUGUUGCCCCCUAGCAGAGGUGCUUCCCCGGUUCCGCUCAGUCCGCUUUCCCAGGCUUCUUCAUACACAUCUUCGGCUGCGACGUAUCUGCCUGAUACACGCGAUUUUGAUACUGCAUUGGCAGCGUUUCAAUGGCAUGUUUCAUACUGUGGGCUCGGAAGUCCUCUUUCGACCCAAAGAGCUGCAUUCUACUCGCUCAUUGAACAGCAGACGGGAUGUACGUUCAAUGUGGACGUUUUUGCACAUGAGGUCACACAGUCAUUCCAAGCAAAGCAUCUCAAAUCAUCAAGAAAGUCUAUUGGAUUGAAGUGGCCACCCUCUGCUCUCGUUCAGCGUUGUCUGGAGUACUUUGACAAGAAUGGGCUCUAUUCCAUAUUUCCCAUUGUUGAUGUCGAGGCUAUGCAAAUCCUCCUUAAUGCGAAUACUUUAGAACAGCCACCAAGCAUGACUCGUGCUUCUAACCGUGCUUGUCUCAUUGCCUUUGCUGCAAUGGUCACUCAGAUUCACCGUCAUGAGAAUGCCUUUGCUGGCUGCGAUCCCGAUGCUUAUUUGCAAGCAGCGCUGACGCUUCUUCCUGAAAUGAUGUUGGAACCCCCUGACCUGAGGACUCUAGAAGCAGUGACUACUAUGAUGCUCUAUAUUACUCCUCUUGGUAGACCUCAGGCAGGAGAAUUACUGCUUGGUGUGGCCGUGCAACUUAUCUAUAACCUUGGGGCAAACAGAAUUCAAACACCCCAUGAGAUACACCGGACAGAUCAGCGCAGCCAACAUAUGCGAGCACUAUUCUGGCAUUGCUAUGCUAUUGAUAAGGAGUUUUCCAUCCGAAAAUCUCAACCACCAUUGAUAAACGAUGACGACUGUGACUUGGAUCUGCCUACAACAUAUGCCCAGAAGACAUCGGAACGCCACUUUUACAUGAAACCAUUAUCAUCCAAGGAGCUUCUGUUCCCAUCCGAUCUUCGCUUUUCUUUACUCAAGUCGAAGAUCUUCCGGCUGCUGUACUCGGUUCAUGGUCUAGCACUCCCCGAAGCAAGACGCCUUCAGCACAUUCGUGAACUAGAUCAAGAAUUGAGUGACUUAAAGCAGGGCUAUCCUGUCGACUGUCGGCCUGAUGCAUUUGCUACCGAGAGCGCACCGGAAUAUCUCUUCCACGAUCUCAGCAUCCGCGGUGUGAAUAUCCACAUGGAAUAUUAUUAUUGUCUAGGCAAGAUUCACGGAGCCAGCAGUUCCUGCAGGAUAGCCGCCCCACAAAGCUGGUCACCUCUCCCUUCAAGCGCAGAGUUGUGUUUCGAAGCGGCGCGAUCCUCCUUGAUCUAUAUAUGGCGAGUCCGUCAAUUCGUGAACCAUCAUACUUUUUGGAUCCACGCCCAAUUCCUCCUGGCAGCUGUAUUUUCCGUCUUCUGGUAUCUCAUCACAUUCCCAGCAUCAGCGACAUUCACAAGAGAUUUGAAAACUUUGGAGGAUAUAGCGGGUCUUUUCGCUGAACUUAACAAACCGAAUGAUGAAGGACAGACUUUCCCGCCAUUUUAUCUGGCACGGGCUUUUAUCGAGAAGUUGGUCUCGCUGGCGAGACAUUCUUUGCCUAGGAUUGCGGGUCAAUGA